GAUAGAUGGGUGGAUACAUAGAUAGAUGGAUAGAUAGAUUGAUAGAUAGAGUACUUGAUUUAUCUCUAAAGGGAAAUUGCAGUGUUGCAGCAGCAAUUCACAUAACUUACACAAAACACACAAUGUUGUAGAUAAAGAAAACACUGUAUUUACAGUACAUACAGUAUACAGUCAACGCACAACUACCAUGCUAGAUUAAAGAUAUAGAAUAAAAAUAAAGGUAACCUUUAAGGCAAGAUAUAGCUCUAACUGUGCAAAUGAAAUGGCAAAUGUUCCUUUUCUAUGGGCACUCAGAGGAGGAAUCUCCUCUCCCGAGUUACUAUAAUAUAAUAUAAUGUAAUGUAAUGACGUUAUGUGUGAUGUGUUAGGAAUGUUUUGACAUGACUCUUGUAUUGGGGGAGGGAUAUAAGGGGUGAGCUGGCGGUGUUAAUUAAUGGGCUACACCUGGUCAUUGAUGAGAGUGGAGGAGAGUGAACGUGGAACAUAAUCAGUGCUGAGACAACAUGGAUAAAGGAAGACCACAGCGAAAGGUGAGGCGUCUGGGAAGCGGUGCUAGAUUGCUCACGUCGAGCUGCAUUCAAGGUGUAGGGGUGGUUGCCGUUCGCAUGCUGCUUAGGGCUGCCGGCGGUGAAGAGUGGGAUACCUGUAGCUAAAGCUGGGGAAGAAUUAGGAGUGCGUUGGCUGCUUCUCAGUUAGGGGUUUUCCGCUGGCGUUACUGGCUGAGACCUCACGAGUGCUGGAUCGGUGAUUUCUGUCUCUCCCCUUACCGAUCAGUGCCCAAGCUCAGACCCCGGGGGAGGGUCUUGUAACUCGGGAGAGUUAAGUUUUAAUCUCUAUUCUUUUGUGUGUGUGUGUUUGUGUGAGCGCGUGUAUGAGUGUGUGUUUUAACCUGACGGCGUAGCCAGUUUAUGAUCUGAGGUGGGAGGGUUUAGAGACGGUGGCUUUGUGUGUAGCCCGGCUGGCGUCUUGUGUGUGCCUAUUGCAGUGCCGUGGGAGUGUGUGCAGUGCCCUACAGCGGUGGUGUGUGUUGGAACUUUAUAUUUAUUGUGGUGUGUUAUAUUGCUGUGUAACCCGCCUAGUUUAGGGCCUUGGGGUAGUCGUUCAGUCGAGUAGCACUGAGGCUUACUGACUUUUAGUAACCUGACCUGAUCCGGCAUUUCUGGUAGCCGUAUGAAUUGACUGAGUAACUUGUAUAAUAAUAAAGACUGUUAACUAUUUCUAAAGUCCGUGUACAGCCUCGUUCUGUGUGCAUUCUCCCAACCGAAAGAACCUGACUACAAAUUAGGUUUAUUACACUGGUGGCAGCGGUGGGAUAUUCUCUAAUUUUCAUAAUUUAAUUGACCUAGAUACUGUUGUAACAAUGUCAGACGGGGAAGAGAAUGCGCCAGAUAGGCUCGAUGCUGUUAACGACGCAGGGAGAGCAAGGGAGGCUAUAGCUACUGCUAGGCCGGUGUUCAUGCCGGAGACAUUCACUGGUGUAGGCCGUGAGUGGUCUGACUGGUCAGAGCAGUUCGAUCUAGCGGCAGAGGUUAAUAAUUGGAAUGAGCCCUUGAAGCUAAAAUUUAUGUCUCUACUACUUUCUGGGCGUGCCAGAGACAUGUAUAGUGGGUUGCCGAGUGAUGCCAAAGAAAACUAUGCAUUGUUGAAAGCAGCUAUGGCUAGAUGUUUUGAGCCCUGUGACAGUGAUGACUGGAGUAGGGCUAGCUUCACCGCCCGGCGCCAUAUGCAUAACGAGACAGCUAGGGAAUUUGGCAAUGCUUUACGGCGUCUUGCCACUAAAGCUUACCCCACAGCUGAUAACUACAUACGGGAUAUGUUGGCUAGAGAUCAGUUUUUUACCCAUUUUUCUAGUGGUGAAUUCCGGAUUAGCCUGCGCAGUGCAAAACCUAAAACGUUAGAAGAGGCUAUUGAUCUUGCCUCUGAGAUGGAGCUUCUCAGGAAUUUGGAGCAAACCCAUCUGAUGCCCGAUGCUAAAGUUAGGGGAGUGGUGGAGCACAAACCGAAAAGUGAUCAACAAAUGGAAGUACUGCUAGGGAUGGUGGAAGAAUUGAGGCAGGAAGUAAAACAUCUUCGUACAACAGUGACUAAUAUCCAACAGUCUAGUAAAAAUGCCACUUCAACUAUGUUUUCUAGGGAGUCAGGACGAGCUUCCCGGAACAAUGUUGAACCACAAGGUCCCUUAACUCAAGCCAGGGGGGCGGGGGAUGGCUGUUGGGAGUGUGGGUGUUCUAGACACAUAAAACGAAACUGCCCAUAUUUGCAGGGAAACUACAGGGGGCAGGUAUCGUAGGCCCACUGCCUGCCCCCAGGCGCAUCAGUACAUAUGCGGCCUCUGCAAGCGACAAUGGUGGCUCAGGAUACAUCACAGCAAGAAUAGACCUGGAUAAGCCCCGGACAGUAAUCAUCCCCGAGGACACUGUUAUUCCC